UAAGUGUCAACUACUUCACCCAGCCAAUAUAGAAUAUGUUUUAUCAACGUUAAAGAUGCUGUUCGGGCGUCCGGAGAUAAUUGUGCAUACACUGAUCGAUAAAAUCAACAAACUCCCUGCACCUAAGGCGGACAAACUCAACACGCUAGUAGAUUUCGCAUUGGCAGUCCGGAAUAUGGUUGCGACAGUAAAGGCUUGCAAUUUGGAGGAACACCUAUUCAAUAUUACACUCCUUCAAGGAUUGGUGGACCGGUUGCCUCCAAUGGUAAAGUUGAAUUGGGCAACUUACCGCUUACAAAUUAAUCGGGUAUCGUUGGUAGAAUUUAGUGACUGGCUGUAUGCAGUGGCGGAAGCGGCUAGUGCGGUAACAAUGCCAUCUCUGUAUUACGUUCAUGAUACCAAACAGCGUCGCGGUUGUCAUAAAGAUGAUGGAUUUCUGAAUGUUCAUUCCGAACUUGUGCAAAAACCCACGUUACCGGAUUUAUACCACAGCAGCUGUGUGAUCUGCCAAGGAAUGUGCAAUUGUGUCGACGAGUGUCAAACAUUUCUUCAGCUUGCUCAUCCUGAUCGCUGGAAUGCCAUACGAGACAAUAAGUUAUGCCGAACAUGCCUCAAGCCUCAUAAUGGACAUUGUAGAUCUAACAAAGUUUGUGGAAAGAACGGAUGUACAUUUAGGCAUCAUCGCCUAUUGCACAAUGACAGAAAUGAAAAUGAGAAUGAGAACAGUCAAUCAGUACGACCAGCUGGAAAAGUGGCAGGUGAAGUCCAGUAUAACUGUACCCACAGAGAAAUCGAAAAUUCUGUGCUGUUCCAGUAUAUACCAGUAAUUCUUCAUCAUAAAGGAAGCUCAUUACGCACCUAUGCAUUCAUUGAUUGUGGCUCACAGAUAACAUUGCUCGAAGAAGAUCUUGCAGCGGAUUUGAACAUCCGUGGCGAAAAGCAUCCCCUGUGUAUUCGAUGGACCGCAGACCAUUGUCGCUUUGAGGAUACUGCCGAACGAGUUUCUCUAGAUAUAUCCGGGUCAGGUAAUAAAAACAAAUUCACACUUUCUGACGUCUUCACGGUAAAGGAUUUAAAGUUACCAGCGCAAUCUCUCUCCGUAAAUGAAAUGUGUAAAAAGUAUCGUUAUUUAAGAGGAUUGCCAGUUGAGUCUUACAGCAACAUACGUCCCCGUCUUCUAAUCGGAAUGAAUAACAUCCGGCUGGGAUGCGCUUUGAAUAGUCGCGAAGGUAACGAGAAUGAACCGGUUGCAUCGAGAACUCGCCUGGGGUGGACCAUAUAUGGGUCCUGUGUGCGUAGCGUUUCUAGAGAUUCCAAUACAUCUUACAGUUUCCAUAUUUGCUAUCACCCAUACUCCACCGACGAAGAUUUGCACUCUAUCGUUAAAGAUUAUUUUGCUCUCGAUAGUAUAGGCAUUUUAGCUCCUUCAAAGAAGUUGUUGUCCGCGGCGGAUGAACGUGCGCUGGAAAUUCUAGAAAGAAACACAAAAUUUGUUAAUGGUCGAUACAUAUCCUGUCUGUUAUGGAAAUUCGAUGACGUUCGUUUGCCCAACAACAAAGCGAUGGCGCUCAGACGUCACCAGUGUCUGGUAAGACGUAUGAUGCGUGAACCCAACUUAGGCGAAACACUGAAAAAAAAGAUUGCCGAUUAUGCCCAAAAAGGAUUUAUUCGAAAGUUGUCAGCCGAAGAGAUAUGUAUGCCUGGCAAUCGUGUCUGGUAUCUUCCAAUUUUCCCAGUCUUUAAUCCAAACAAACCUAACAAGGUCAGAAUCGUCUGGGACGCAGCAGCCCCGAUCCGAGAUAUUUCGCUUAACUCAGUUCUGCUUAAGGGACCAGAUCAGGUAAACCCUUUACCGUUUGUGCUGUAUAAGUUUCGAGAACGCGGUGUGGCCAUUUGUGGUGAUAUAGAAGAGAUGUUUCACCAGGUCGAGGUAAAUGAAGAUGAUCAGCAAAGCCAGCGUUUCCUUUUCUCCAAUGAAAUGACCGAUGAACCCGAUGAAUACGUUAUGAGAGUCCUGACCUUUGGUGCGACUUGCUCACCCUGCACGGCGCAGUAUGUUAUAAAUAAAAACGCCGAGCGUUUCGAUGCGCGACUACCAGCGGCAGUUUACGCCAUUCGAAAUAAUCACUAUGUUGACGACAUGCUCGUGAGCGUCGACACCGUUUCAGAUGCAAUACAACUUGCAAAAGAUGUCCAUUUCAUUCAUCAACAGGGAGGAUUUAAAAUGAGAGGCUGGAUAUCCAAUUCACCGACAGUUGUAAAAACUUUGAAUUGUGGCGACGUCAUAGAAAAGAAUUUAGAUAUAAGUUCGGAAAUAUCAUUGGAAAAAGUACUUGGGUUGUGGUGGAAUACGGAUUCCGACGACUUUCGUUUCAAACUUUCUAAAGAACGACACGUUGAACUUCUCUUCGGUACCAAACAUCCCACCAAGCGAGAAAUUCUCAGCAUUCUCAUGUCCAUUUAUGAUCCUCUUGGUUUAAUAACCAAUUUCCUUAUGCCACUAAAGUUACUAUUGCAAGAAAUUUGGAGAUCUGGGAUUUCGUGGGAUGACCUCAUAGAAGAUCAACAUUUACAAAAAUGGAUUAUAUGGAAAAGUUAUCUACCGCAAGCGAGUUCAGUGCGAAUUCCUAGGUGUUAUUUCUCUAACUUUUCUGAGAAGGAUGCAACUAUCGAGCUGCACACUUUCGUAGACGCGAGUGAGCUAGGCUACUGUGCUGUGUCGUAUUUGCGACGCCAUCAAGGUGAUCACAUAGAAUGUGCUUUAGUGGGUUCAAAAUCAAGAGUUGCUCCGUUAAAGUUCGUGUCUAUACCACGUUUGGAACUCCAAGCCGCUGUCAUUGGCGCUCGCUUUGCCAAAAGCAUUCAGGAAGGCCACUCGAUUAAUAUAAUUCGUCGCUUCUUUUGGACUGAUGCCGUUGAUGUACUGUGCUGGUUACGAUCUGACCAUCGUAUGUACUCACCCUACGUCGCCUUUCGCGUGAGCGAAAUUCUUGAGCUAACGGAUAUUUCCGAAUGGAGGUACGUCCCAACUAAAGAAAAUGUGGCGGAUGAAGGCACAAAAUGUCGUCGCAGACCGAGAUUCGAUAACGAUAGCCGCUGGAGAAAUGGACCCCAGUUUUUGCAGGGACUCAUGAUGGAUUGGCCUAAAGAGCCCUUGCGCCAGAGUAGAACAACAUUGGAGUUGCGUUCACAUGUGUUGCACCAUACCAUGGAACCAUCUAACAACCCUUUACUACUUGAAAAGUAUUCUAAUUGGAACCAUCUUCUCCGCAUUACUGCUUUAGUUCACCGGUUCCUAGCCAACAUUCGAAGUAAGGUUAACGGAAAAAAUAAAUCGGUCGGUCCGUUAACACAAGAAGAGUUAGCACGAGCGGAGACGUUUCACUACAAGCGUGCCCAAAACGAGAGUUAUUCAAACGAACUUAGGAUUUUGAAAAAUUUGGAAGUAUCUUCUGGUAAACCGGUUCUUCCAAAAAGUAGCCCUUUGCACAGAGUCAGUGUAAUAAUUGACAAAGAUGGAAUUAUGCGUAUCUAUGGGCGUAUCGAUGCCUGUGAUUACGCGGAUACCUUCACAAGACUUCCGGUUGUGCUACCGCGAACACACCCGCUUACCAGGUUAGUUCUUCAAGACAUUCACGAGAAAUAUCAUCAUCAGUGUAACGAAACUUUCGUAAACGAGGCAAAUAAAAAAUACUAUAUUCCAAGAGUCCGCACCGAGUGCAAGAAGAUACGUUUUAACUGUCAACGAUGUAAGAUACGACGUGCACAACCAAUACCUCCAGCCAUGGGAGACCUUCCUGUUGCACGACUGGCAGCCUUCGUGCGUCCCUUUUCCUAUAUUGGAGUAGAUUAUUUUGGUCCUCUCCAUGUAGUUAUCGGACGAAGAGUCGAAAAACGAUGGGGCGUUCUUGUCACCUGCCUUACUGUCCGAGCGAUCCACAUCGAGCUGGCUCACACUCUAAACACGGAUUCUUGUAUCAUGGCUCUGCGGAACUGCUUUGCUCGUCGCGGUGUUCCCAUACAAAUAAUAAGUGAUCGUGGAACUAACUUCAUCGGAUCAGAAAAGGAACUGAAAAAGGCAUUGGCAGUCGUGGACCAGGAAAAGAUUAUGAAAGAAUUCGUUUCACCAGUAACAUCUUGGGUAUUCAACCCUCCCGCAUCACCUCAUAUGGGUGGUUCUUGGGAGAGGUUGAUACAAUCUGUUAAGAAGAUACUUACCGAGGUGCAACCUGUACGUUUGAUGAAAGACGAAGUGUUAAGAAAUAAUCUUAUCGAGGUGGAAAAUAUCGUGAAUAGCAGACCGCUUACUUACGUACCAAUUGACGACGAAUCAUCCCCGGCCUUAACACCGAACCACUUCCUCGUUGGCUCGUCAAAUGGACUCAAACCUCUUGUCCCGUUCGACGAUAGUGUUUCGGUCGUAAAGCAAUCGUAUAAGACGUCUCAAACUUUAGCCAACUUUUUCUGGAGGCGCUGGAUUAAUGAAUACCUUCCCACCAUUACCCGUCGAACGAAAUGGUUUUUUCCGACAAAGCCAAUUUUAGUCGGAGACAUAGUAAUCAUCGCUGAUCCAAAACUGCCGAGGAACUGCUGGCCUAAAGGAAGGAUAGUGUCUACUGUAAUCUCCAAAGACGGGCAGGUACGACAAGCUACAGUACAAACUGCCACUGGACUUUAUCAGAGACCUGCAGUGAACAUUGCUGUACUGGACGUCGGUGCAAAUUCAAGUUAUCCGGAACAGAAACCGUCUACUGGGGGGGAGUGUUGCGCAAAACCCCUCGAGCGCAGCGCACCUCGACGUACAGCAACCUUGUCUCGAGAUUGAUCGACAGAACAACGGAAACCAAACUGUCAAACCAGGAAUGAAAUGUAAAACCAUUUCUUCAGCGAACGUUCGUUGUGUUAGAUCACGUUGGAAAUCGCGUUAUUACUAUCGAAAGUUAAAUUGUUUAAAUUAAGAUUCGCGCAUGUUACAUUGAACUUUAUAAAUUUUUGUAGAGAGGUAAUCACAUAUUACAUUUACAUUCAUAUUUCUUAUGACUAACAUCGGCAAAAAUUCUGUCAGGUGAAAUUGGAGGUUAGGUUCAGUAGAUCGCACAAAUCCACGCUUCAAGUGAGCUCAUCAGAUAAUUGUGUAAGCAUUACAUUUUAAACAUCGGGUAAAUUGAAUACUGAAACCCACUAAACGUAAGUAGCUCGAAGA